GCGAGCGUAGUGUUCUCGGAAGCGGUACAUCAACGCGCGUGAUCCUCUCUGAGACAACUUUGUAUCGACGGGAUUUCCCGUUUUGUCCCGAAUAACAUUUUUCGCCAAGUAUCUCUUUCGCCGACAGAGGGCAAAAUACUGUGUACACGCGGAUCAGACAACUUACGGGGAUCGGUGAUGAGUUUAUUCAGGUUUAUCGUCGAAGAAAAACAUUUAGAAAGUAUCAAUAUUAUCAGUACUUAAAAGUUUAGUAGUCGAUUUCACUUAUUAUAUGCUAGCUACCAAUGAGGACAAUUAGAGGGGAAACGAUCGAGUAACCUUGCGUGCUUGCACGAGACCUGUGUUUGUUUGAUUCGUUUGCGCGAUAAGCAUUCAUGAAACGUAUAUAAGUUUCCGCAGAAAAGUAAUAGACAUUACUUCUGAAGGAACUGAAAUAAUGUUUCGAAUCAUUUUCGCGUUGUUCGUUGCUCUGGCGGUAUUGUCUUCGACUAUACUGGCCGGAAAAAUAAUAUGUAACAGACCACACGAGGAGUAUCAGUGUGGAUCCGCUUGUCAAACAACUUGCGACACUCUGGGUGAACCUUGUCCGAUCGUAAACAUUAAAUGUAACGAUGACUGCUACUGCAAAGAGGGUUACGCUAGAAACAGAAAAGAUAUCUGCAUCCCCAUAAGGCAUUGUCCUAAAAAGCGCGAUAAGUCUAAAUUAAGACACCGAUUAUCCUCGACUCUAUACCGAUAAAUGAAUCGAAGGUGCAGAUUGCGUACGAUUGUCUUGUCAUUUAAUGAUUUAGUGCGAAUAAAGGUGUAACGUGUACAGAUUUGUUUUUAAUCGUCGGACAAGUAAAAGCGGCUGUUCGAAAU